AUGGCUGGGGUUGUUGUUUUUUCAACGCACUCUGCUGGAUACAUUCAAAAAGCUGCUUCAGAAUUUGGGGCAGUAGGAGGAGUUCUUCGAGUGGAUGCUGGACGUCGUUGCUCCACAGGAGAUGGACAUUUCUUCUUUACUUGCUCACCAAGUAAUGGACAACCCGUAGACGCUAUUGUUUCUCAAAUUCGUCAACUCGCUCUAGAAGCUAAACAGCGUCUUCGUCAGGAGCAGGCUACUCGUCAGCAGAUGCUUCAAAAACACAGCUUUUCAAGCGAAUCUGGGCCAGCUAGUCUGCUUCCACCACCAGUUCCUUCCAAGAACUCUUCUUUUGACGGAGGAACCGUUAAGGCUAUGGGAAAAAUUGGCAACAGAACCCCAAGUCCAAAGGGUGUUCCUAGAGGGACAAGUAACACGAAUGGAAGCGUGAGCAGUAGUUGGUGGUCAGUGGGACAUUUCAAGAGAGCCUCAUCUCAGCCAGCCAGAAGGCAACUUGAAGAGUCACUGGAUAAAAAUUCCUCUCAGAGUGAAGAAGUCCAGGAAACGGAUUCAGCUUUGGCACCCCAGAAGACGAUGGAUAAAUCGUUAGAAGAGAGUAACGGAGUUUUCGUCGCCUUACCUGGAAAGGCCACCACCCAAGAGGCGACAUCCAAUGGAGACACGCUUAGAUCCAUCGAUUCGUCAUCAUCAACUCCCACUGGAGAACUUAAAGAUCCUGAAGUAAAUGGAAACUCCCACCAACCCCGACUCUAUGAUAAUGUUCCUGCAACCUCCUCUGAAACAGUAGCUGCCGAAAACACCAAUGGUACAACCUCAACUCAAUCGAAUUCUAAAUCGGCAGCUGCAACUUCAAUAGACGGCUGGAAACUGGGUAGUAGUCUGAGACCCCCGAGACUCGAUGGAAGACGAAUUGAUGAUACAAAUUUGCCACCUGCACCACCACCACCAUCAUCAACCAUUCUACUUUCUCGAAAUCAUCAAAGCAACGGCACAAGUACCACAAAUGGAGAAACUGGCGUAGAAGAUAAAAAAAAUGAAAGCCAGAAUAAAUUCAAUGGAAACACUCCCCCACCUAUGGCACCGAAACCCGUUAUUAGCUACAGUCCGAAGAAUAUAGAUUUCGUUAGCUAUCGUCAGCGUAAGUUGUAA